AUGAAGUUCUCAACUACCAUCCUGAGCGCAUUGCUCACAACGGCAGCCAUUGCAGCUCCUCUCACUGAGCGCCGCGCAGCUCGCAACGCUGCCCGAGCUGAAGGCCGAACCAGCCGAAUCAGCCGUCCCCCCUAUAAGCCCGACACCAGAGAGCGCAUCACUCUGAACGGAACAACCCACGAGGAGUACAGCACCAACUGGGCCGGCGCUGUGCUUAUUGGCACCGGAUACACCUCAGUGACCGGUCAAUUCACCGCUCCUACCCCGAAACUUCCCUCGGGUGCUUCGUCUUCCGAGCAGUACUGUGCCUCCGCCUGGGUUGGUAUUGACGGCGACACUUGCAGUAGCGCCAUCCUCCAAACUGGAAUUGACUUCUGCAUCCAAGGAAGCAAGGUCACAUACGAUGCCUGGUACGAGUGGUAUCCGGAUUAUGCCUACGACUUCAGUGGCCUCUCUAUCUCCGCUGGAGAUGUCAUUGAAGUUACUGUGACUGCUACAUCUAAGACUGCUGGUUCUGCUGUCAUCAAGAACUUGACUACUGGCAAAUCUGUUAGCCAUACUUUCACUGGUGGUGUUGAUGGAGACCUGUGCGAGUACAAUGCCGAAUGGAUUGUCGAGGACUACGAAAGCGGCGGUCAAUUGGUUCCCUUUGUUGACUUUGGAACCGUGACAUUCACAAACGCGAAGGCUACGAAGGGCGGCAAGUCUGUAGGCCCGUCUGGAUCUACUCUCAUGGAUAUCAAGCAGAGCAAAGUUGUCUUGACCAAGUCAUCUCUUACUAGCAACAGUGUUAGCGUGAGCUAUGUCUAA